AUGGAGAGUCUGAGCGAACUGCAGAAUCCUCUGCUGCCUCAGAGCCCCGCCCCGCUCCAUGGCCCCUACCCCUACCGCGAGGCUUCGCCCAACUGGUCAUGCCAAGAGAAGCUUUACUCCUACCUCCUGGGUGCUGCUGGCUCCGCUCGCCCCCACCAGCUCCUCGACCCGGGGUCCCUGCAGCUGGCCGUGGAGGCCUGGUACAGGCCCAGCUGCCUCCUGGGGAGGGACAAGGUCAAGGAACCCAGGGCAAGCAGCUGUGAGACCAGCUUCACAGAGAACAGGGAGCUCCAGGCUGGGCCCACAGAGCGGUCCACAGAAGCGGACCAAGAGGAAGAGGAUAUCACCAUCCAGACGGUGUCCUACGGGGUUCAGGAGGAGCUGCAGGGCCAGGAGAACGACCAGGAGGAGGAGGAGAGUGAUGUGACCUCGACGGACAGUGAAAGUGAAGACAACUUCGUGGCGCUGCCCCCCAGGGACCACCUGGGCCUUACUAUCUUCUCCAUGCUCUGCUGCUUCUGGCCCCUGGGCAUUGCUGCCUUCUACUUCUCCCAGGGGACCAGCAAGGCCAUCUCCAAGGGAGACUUCCGCCUGGCCAGUACCACCUCCCGCAGGGCCCUCUUCCUGGCCACACUCUCCAUCGCUGUGGGCGCCGGUCUCUAUGUGGCCGUGGUGGUGGCGCUGGCGGCUUACAUGUCCCAGAAUGGCCAUGGCUAG